GCCUUGCGCCGGCAACGUAAUGCAGCAGCUAUCUGAGCUGAACGGCAAGCUCGCAUGUUAUUGAGAGCUCUGUCACCUUCUAUAGCAUCAUCAGUAACGGCGCAGGCUCCAUUUUUGAGACUUCGACGGUCUCCUCCAACACAGCCGCCACACUCCAAGUUUUGAGCACCUAUAUCCGUCUCACGCAGCUACACCACGCUCUUUACAUGCAUUUUCAGGCCAUCCUCGCGAGCAGUAGCACGUCGUCAGACUACUCGCCCCGGCUCCUCGACUCCAGCAAUUCGAGCUCCAUCUCUUCUCCCAAUUCCACUUCACCUUUUCUACCUGCUACCCGCUCCGUCCCGGUGCUCUUUCCCGGCCUUACCAUAGGCGGUGUAUCGCUCGCGUGCUACCCGCGAUUCCAGCUCAAGUUUAUCUUGCAGAUCUGCGUGCAUCACCUAGGCGAGGUGGAGACGCUACUUGGGCUUCCUGCGGGGUUCUGCGUUAGCAAGAGCGGGCUGGACGGCGGGGAGGCCACAGCGGCUGGUGGAAUACUUCAUCCAGUCCUAGUACGCACGGUGAUGAUGGAAGCGGAAGAGACGGUGAAAGGGAUAAAGAGGGUGUUGGCUGAGCUGGGAGAGGACUUGAAGGGUAGCAUUCAGGUGUGAGAGAGGUGCAAGUGACGUGGGAGUGAAGCGGAACGGGGCGGGAAGUGGGGCGUAAAUGAAGUGGAGUCAGCAAGCAGAUGUGGCGUAAGUAAGAUGUGAGUGACUCAGCGGCGUUAGGCACGCUGCGACGGCGGAGAGAGAGAUGGAAGUCCUCCAAGGAAAGUCCUCUCAGGGAUGUAUCUUCUGGCUAUAUAUUUUAGAGAGGGAUCAAAAGGGGCUCGCUUUGAGAGCUUUCUAAUGCAACACAUCUUUAGGUUACGCACCUCGCGUCAAACGGCAUUUCCUAGAUCCGAGAGGCCG